AUGGCUCCCGCCGCUACAAACUCUUACAGCGAGACCGCUCGUGACAACGCAUCAGGCUUCAUCGCCUACGCGCGGAGCUCCGUGGAUCGUGUUGUCCCGCCUAAUUCUCGACAGAAAGCUUACGACAAUACUGCUUCUUUUGCUUCAUCGCGACCUGUUCUCUUCUCCUUUAUUGUAUCACAACUUCUUCUUUCUUUCCUCCCUCUUCUAAUCUUCCUCACAUUCUCCCUGUCAACCAUCGUCUUUGCCCUCGGCGCAGCAAUCGUCUUUGCUCUUUUCUGGAUCGGCGUUGCCCUUCUUGUUCUCGUGCCUGCACUACUCGUCACUUCUUCCAUCGCCGUCCUCGUCUGGGGCUGGGCCAUUGGGAGCUUCAUCAUUGCACGGUGGCUGUACAACCAUUCACCUGUCGGAGUGCAGAACAAUGAGGUUGUGAAGAAGGAGAACGGCACUUAG